AUGUGUAUUCCGAAAUGUAAAAACUCUAGGAAAUGCUACGAUGACAGAGAGCGGUCGUACUCGAAACAACGCAGUAAAUGCUACGAUGACAGAGAGCGGUCGUACUCAAAACACCGCAGUAAACGCUACGAUGACAGAGAGCGGUCGCACUCGAAACAACGCAGUAAACGCUACGAUGACAGAGAGAGGUCGUACUCGAAACAACGCAGUAAACGCUACCAUGACAGAGAGCGGUCGUACUCGAAACAACGCCGUAAACGCUACGAUGACAGAGAGCGGUCGUACUCAAAACACCGCAGUAAACGCUACGAUGACAGAGAGCGGUCGCACUCGAAACAACGCAGUAAACGCUACGAUGACAGACAGCGGUCGUACUCGAAACAACGCAGUAAACGCUACGAUGACAUAGAGCGGUCGUACUCAAAACAACGCAGUAAACGCUACGAUGACAGAGAGCGGGCGUACUCGAAACAACGCAGUAAACGCUACGAUUACAGAGAGAGGUCGUACUCGAAACAACGCAGUAAACGCUACCAUGACAGAGAGCGGUCGUACUCGAAACAACGCAGUACCCCCUACGAUGACAGAGAGCGGUCGUACUCGAAACAACGCCGUAAACGCUACGAUGACAGAGAGCGGUCGUACUCGAAACAACGCAGUACCCCCUACGAUGACAGAGAGCGGUCGUACUCGAAACAACGCAGUAAAUGCUACGAUGACGGAGAGCGGUCGUACUCGAAACAACGCAGUAAACUCUACGAUGACAGAGAGCGGUCGUACUCGAAACAACGCCGUAAACGCUACGAUGACAGAGAGCGGUCGUACUCGAAACAACGCAGUAAAUGCUACGAUGAAAGAGAGCGGUCGUACUCGAAACAACGCAGUAAAUGCUACGAUGAAAGAGAGCGGUCGUACUCGAAACAACGCAGUAAAUGCUACGAUGACGGAGAGCGGUCGUACUCGAAACAACGCAGUAAAUGCUACGAUGAAAGAGAGCGGUCGUACUCGAAACAACGCAGUACCCCCUACGAUGACAGAGAGCGGUCGUACUCGAAACAACGCCGUAAACGCUACGAUGACAGAGAGCGGUCGUACUCGAAACAACGCCGUAAACGCUACGAUGACAGAGAGCGGUCGUACUCGAAGCAACGCAGUAAACGCUACGAUGACAGAGAGCGGCCGUACUCGAAACAACGCAGUAAAUGCUACGAUGACAGAGAGCGGUCGUACUCAAAACAACGUAGUAAACGCUACGAUGACAGAGAGCGGUCGUACUCGAAGCAACGCAGUAAACGCUACGAUGACAGAGAGCGGUCGCACUCGAAACAACGCAGUAAACGCUACGAUGACAGAGAGCGGCCGUACUCGAAACAACGCAGUAAAUGCUACGAUGACGGAGAGCGGUCGUACUCGAAACAACGCAGUAAACGCUACCAUGACAGAGAGCGGUCGUACUCGAAACAACGCCGUAAACGCUACGAUGACAGAGAGCGGUCGUACUCAAAACAACGCAAUUGA